CGCCAACUAGAAGUGUCUUGAAAUUUGAGGCGGAGACCGUACGUAUAACAAGUCUGGCCUUCGGGGCACGAAUUAAAACGCUAGAUCCGUAGAAAUGCUCUCUAACUCCCUUAAAUCCCUAGUUCCCCUUUGCCUUGGAAAUUUUCAUACCCAACCCUAAUCUCCCUUCUGCCACAUGCAUCAUCCCCAACCCUAAAUUCCCUUGUGCCCCAAUUUAUCAUGGGGCGUCGGAAGAAAUCCCAAGCUUCCAAGCUCACCUCGGGUCAAGAUGACGACCCCCAUGACAACUUAUCGGAGAUCAGGAAAGCUUUAGUCGAAAAUGCCGCCCUCCAAGCCCAACUGAAGAAGGAGCUUUGCCUGCUACGCGCCAGUGAACCCGAAACGAAGAGCGCAAAUCCCACUGUGGUCGCUGGCAGUUCCAAGCGCAGGCCGUCGGGUCAAGGCUCCCUCAAUAUGUUGCCGGCUUCCUAUGUGCUCGAUCCUUGCCCAAGUGAAUGCGGGAAGAGUUUGGCUAGCAUGAAGCAGCCAAAGCAAGCAGAACAAACCAAGAGUGAGAGUGUUGCCAGCAUGAAGCAGCCAAAGCAAGCAGAAGAAACCAAGUGUGAGAGUGUGGCCAGCAUGAAGCAGCCAAAACAAACAGAAGAAACCAAGUGUGAGGGAACAGUCAAGAAGAGAUCCAAACCAAUUGCAAAGCAGAGUUGGAAACCACCGAUAACAGGAAUGCCUUUUUGGCUCCAAGCACCUUUACCGGAAACAGAACUCUUGCCCAGAAGAAAAUAAUCUUGCUGAAGGAGGAAGCACUUCCUUUUACUCAUUUCACUCUGUUAGACUGUUGCUGCUCCAUCUGUUGACUCUAAAAGUAAGUUCUGAAUUACAUUUGGGUUUUGAUAUUCCUUUUGCCCCUUGCUUGUUCUAUUCUAAUGUAAUUGUGGUCCUACUCUUCAUUAAACACUUGAAUGUUUUAUGCAACAAUUUUAAA